AUGCUCUCCGCAUUCACAGCUCGACCCAUCAUCGAGCUCAAACAACGGGACAAGUCGAAGAUCGAGUGCAUCCUCGCCUACGGCGACCGUGUCUUUGUCGGUCUGAAUACCGGGGCUCUGCGCAUUUACCGAGUCAACGACCCCCCGACGCCGUCCGAUCCAAAAUCCACACACAACCGUCCCGUCGAUGCCCAGGCUGUUACUGAAACCACCGAGUCCACGCCCAGUACUUCCCAAGAUGGCCAGCUGCCCGCGACACCCGCCGCAAAGCCGACCGACCUCUUGCGGGAAGUAGAGAAGUUCUCGACCCGCGCUAUCGAGCAGCUGGCCAUAAUCAAAGAAGCCAGCACACUCGUAUCGCUCUCCAACUCCGCCGUCUCCUUCCACGACCUCCAGACAUUUGAGCCCAUCGAGGCGCCGUUGUCGCGCACCAAAUCCGCCUCUACUUUUGCCGUGACGAGCAACAUCGUCAACGACCCUGCCACUGGGAUACCCGAGAUCAUCUCACGUCUGGCCGUGUCCGUCAAGCGCCGCUUGCUGCUGUGGUCAUGGCACGAGAGCGAGCUGUCGCCUGAUGUGACCGAGAUUGUGCUGGCUGAGUCCAUCCGGUCGAUCACUUGGGCGAAUGCGACGAAGCUUGUGUGUGGUAUGAACAGUGGUUAUGUCUUGGUCGAUGUGGAGACGAGCGAGGUUGAGGAUAUCGUAGGCCCCGGGGCCAUCGGUGGCACGACAGGUGCGCAAGGGAGGUUUGGGGCGGUCAGUGCUGCUGGGAUGGGAUACAUGGGUCUCGGCGGCUACAUGCCCAAACCAUUGUCUGCGAAGUUGGCGGAGGGCGAGCUAUUGCUGGCCAAAGACAUCAACACUCUGUUUAUCAACGACGCAGGGAAGGCCAUUGAGAAGAAGCAAAUCCCGUGGCAAGCAGCACCGGAGUCCAUUGGAUACAGCUACCCGUACAUCCUGGCCCUUCAAGCGCCUGCUAAGGGCAGCCUUGAAGUGAGAAACCCGGAUACACUCAGCUUAUUACAGACGAUCAGUCUCCCGGGAGCAUCAUCCCUCCAUUUUCUACCACCAACCGUCAGCUUGGCAUAUGCCAAAGGAUUCCAUGUGUUGAGCGAUAGGGCGGUAUGGAAAGUGGACGCCACGGACUACGAUUCGCAGGUGGAUGAGCUCGUCAAGAGCGAUAGGCUCGAUGAGGCGAUCAGUGUUCUGAACAUGCUGGAAGAUGCUUUACUCAAGAACAAAGCCGAGACCUUGCGGGAGGUCAAAAUGCAAAAGGCCGAGUCGCUAUUUCGGCAGAAAAAGUACCGAGAUUCGAUGGACCUCUUCAACGAAGAGGACGUCGGCGCGCCGCCAGAACGAGUUCUCAAAUUAUUCCCCAAGAUUAUCGCAGGUGAACUUGGCGUCGAUGAGGAAAAGGAAGACGAGUCAGACCAGGAAGGAUCCGACAGAAAGGAGAGUAGUGAGCAGGAAGCGAAACCUGAUCUCCCAGAGGUUUCCUCACCCACCAAAGCAAGUGCUGGUAGUGGGUUUGCUAAGUACCUUAUGGGCGGCGGCCGGAAACCCAACCCCGAAACAGCAUCCAUCGCGUCGUCCAAGAAGGGAUCGGACGACGACGCGGCCAGCAUCAAGGCAAAACCGCAAGACGAUCAGGCCCAGACUGAAAAGGACCUGAUGGCCGCAGUGCUCAGUUUAAACAACUACCUCGCCGGCGCUAGAACACGACUGCAACGCGUCAUCGACCCGUCAACAGGCAAACUCAAACAGCGCAAGUCUCAGUCCGGCUCGACGGAAGAAGCCUUCAAGAGGCUACUCCUCUCGUCGGCAGACGAGGGCGACGAACAGCUGGAGCGGGACUUACAGCACACCUUCCGCGCUGUCGACACAACCCUCUUUCGUGCCUUUAUGUACUCGCGGCCGAAACUCGCCAGCUCGCUCUUCCGGAUCCCCAAUUUCUGUGAUCCAGACGUCGUUAACGAGCGGCUAGUCGAGCACAACCGCUUCAAUGAGCUAGUUGACUUCUUUUAUGGCAAGAAGCUGCACCACCAGGCACUAACACUGCUCCGCCGCUUUGGAAGCCCGGACGGACCAGAUGAGGCGGCCCCGGGCUUGCAUGGUCCACAGCGGACGGUGAUGUAUCUUCAGGGCCUGCCUCCGGACCUUAUCGAUGUGAUUCUGGAGUUCUCAGAGUGGACGCUUAAGAAGGAUCCGAAGUUGGGGAUGGAAGUGUUCCUGGCAGACUCGGAGAACGCCGAAACGCUGCCGAGGGACAAGGUGCUGGCUUUCCUCGACAAGAUCGAUAUUGGGCUAGAGAUUCAGUACCUGGAGCAUAUCAUCAACGAGUUGGAUGACAUGACGCCGGAUUUCCACGAUCGGUUAGUGGAGCUUUUUAUUAAGCAACUAACGGACAAGGAGGGCGAACGGAACGAGGAGUGGGAAGCGCUGAUGGGGCGUCUCGUGCGGUUCUUGAAAGAGAGUAAGCAGUAUGGUUUGGGCAAGGCGAGGGGAUUGAUUCCAAAGGACGACCCUCCCUUCUACGAGGCACAGGCCGUCGUGCUGAGCAACAUGGGCCAGCACAGACAGGCACUCAUGAUCUAUGUCUUCAAGAUGCAAGACUAUGCCAAAGCCGAAGAAUACUGCAACCGCAUUCACAAAACUCAACAGCUUGAGGAAGCCACUCCCGCUCAAGAUGCCAAGUCCCAGGGCGAAGAGACUCUUUCCAUCUACCACACCCUCCUCUCCCUCUAUCUCACGCCACCUCCCAACCACACCCCCAAUCUAGCUCCAGCCCUCGACCUCCUCUCCAAACACGGCUCUCGUCUGCCUGCCACCUCCACCCUCUCCCUAGUCCCGGAUUCACUCCCAGUUUCCGAGCUCGAGUCGUACUUCCGCGGACGCAUGCGCAGCGCCAACAGCGCCGUCAACGAGACACGUGUGCUCGCAGGACUGCGGGAGACGGCGUUGUUUGCAAGCCAGGCGUUGCUGCACCUAGGCGAUGGGAUUCCAGGCGGGCAAGGGGGUAGGAAUCGACGGGUGGUGAUCGGGGAAGAGAGAGUGUGUGGGGUGUGCCAUAAGCGGAUCGGGGGCAGUGUGGUGGCGGUGUUGCCGGAUAAUGUGGUGGUGCAUUAUGGAUGUUUGGGGCGGUCGGGUGGGAAUGCGAAAGGGGUGGGAGCAUUGUCGCCGUCGGCGGAGAGUAUGCGGUUGGGAUUCGGGCAUUGGGGGCGAACUGGUGGGUAA